AUGGCUAAAGCAAUUACUGGUCAUGUUGACUUGGAUACCCGUGAAGCUGCAGCACCACGUUUACUUGGGUUUGCUUCUUCUGCUCUUGCUACGGCUGAAUCAUCUGCUCUUAUCUCUGAGCUAAUUGCCUCAGUUAGUGGAAGGCAUAAGCUAAGGUUUGAGGCUCACAUGGAGCAUUAUGUGCAGUAUGAUAUGUAA